AGGAAGCUAGCAACAAUAUGCAUAAACUGCCGGAAGUUAGCUGUUGUGCCAGACUUCACGCACUUCACUUGACACAAACAUGGCUGGGUCAGACACCGAUGCAUACUGGAGGACUCCUCGCACUUGUGAAGAUUACUGGAGUGAGUUUCGACACUGCAAAAGUAUACGGAACCGCUUCCAUCACUACUACACCUUUGGCACGUUUCCUGUCUGUGGACAGUGGAAAGAGGACUACGCCAGCUGCAAAGAGUGGGAGAAGAGCAACAGCACUCAAGCCAAGGAGGCACUACGGCAGAGUGAGCGCCAUCGUGUGGCAGAACAGCGGAAGUUCACCCCCGUGUGGGAGCUGAGGAAGGAGCCGCCGAGUGACUGGCACAUGCCCCUCAAUCAGGGCAAGGACUCUUAAACAAACUGCCCUGACAAUCUUCACAUGCCUGCACUGCAUUACACUCUCACGGAAACACUUGUCAAUACCUCAUCUAUUCCCCAUACGGCCAUUCUGUAUUUCUCUCCCAAUCAGGGACUUAUUGUGGUCACUGCCAAAGUACAAAGGAGUUGAUUUCUCAAGGCCUAACAUACACAAGAACUGCUUGGUUAUGCAAAGUGUGUGUAGUGUGCCCUUUUGUUGUCGUCGCCCCCCCCCCCCAAUCACACACGUGGACAUACUACCCACUUGAGUGUUUUUCGGAUCAAAGCGUUACCCGUCAUAGCGGAACUCUCCUUCACUGAUGGGAGUCCAGAGAUGCCCAUCUUAUCUGUUCAGCCAACACCAGUGACACCUGUAAGCUUUGAAGGUUGCUUUGGCCUGUGAGAUUAAACCCAAAGGGAUACAUUUCAAGAAUUUUAUGAGAAAUCUGUUAACUCUAACAUAUGAAGUAAAGCUGAUAAUAGUCAAGACCAAUACUUUGGUAUUGUUGGUAAAAUGAAAUUGUAUGGCACUAGUGUGGUUUGUUACUGGAGUCAGGAUGAGCUCAACUCACUUUGAAGACAGUGGGUUCUUUCCAUUAGCCUAACUCCCGUCUUCCCUGGUGGUUGUGGCCUCAUGAUGACCUCGCAAGAUGUCGUUGAUGACAAGUUUAAUUCAAUACCUUGCAGAAGUGCAAUUCAAAAGUAAUUUUCUCAUUUUCGAACACAAUGUUGAAUUGGGAAAAGUCCCCCAAAAGUUGACUAGAGUGACAGUGGGGUAAACUGUUUCCUCCAUGUAGGCGGGGCAUCAGUGAAGCGUGAGGUCACAGGCACAGGUUAAAGACGGGAGGUAGGAAAAAGGGGCUGUGCCCAGUUUUCCAGAUUGCGUCUGCACUAAACAGCUUGAUUUCCUUUAAAUUCAUGGUUGCUACUUUGGGUACCCAGGAGAUACCAUUGGUGUGCAUGUUCUGUGGAAGGCAUUUAUACGAGCAGAUAUUGAUCUUACAUCUGACACUGGAAGAUUUCUACCACCAAAUCAGAUAACUAAAGAUGUAUGUUUAAUUUUUUGUUUAAUGUUCGAAAACAAUCUUAUUUACAGUGCUCUUCAUUUCAAAAGCAAAUGCACAAUAAUAUAAAAAAAGACAAACGGCAUGACUGGU